CCUUCUUGAAGCCUCCAGUCGGAUCUGUGGCUCUCAGUCGCCCACAACAGCAGCAACAUCUGCAUCAGAAUGGCAGUGGCAAUGGCAAUGGCAAUGGCAAUAGCUCAAAUGUUGUAGUCGAUAAGGACUAUGGUAUAAAUCGAGUCAGCAGUCUCAAUGGGGUCAAAGGCGCCAAUGGUGCUUAUGCUAUGAAUGGUAACGAUUAUCAGAAUGGAGGGGACAAGUCAUCUUCUACCACUAAGACCGAACAGCGCAAAGAAGGAUCACGUAUAAUCACAACCACUACGACCAUCACCAAAACUUCAUCCUCGACUGAGAACGGUCAUGGUCAUCAGAACAUCAAUGGUAACGGUAAUGGUUAUACGAAUGGCAAUAGCUAUAGUAAUGGUAAUGCUCAUCACUACCGUCACCAGAAUGGCAAUGGUCAUCAUCACUUCCAUCACCACGCAGAAGAGACUGAAGAAGAUAGGCGGGAAGUCACUGCGGGUAAGACGACAUUCAUCGCUCACAAAUGGAAACCUAAAGCCGCAUUGAUGAUUUGUUCACACCGUAAACGAGACAAGCGCUGUGGCGUUACUGCCCAGAUCCUCAAGAAGGAGUUCACCCGUAUCUUGAGAUCUAGGGAUAUCUAUGGCGAUUGCGAAGAUGAUGUGGAGAUCUGGCUCAUCAGUCAUAUUGGAGGACACAAGUUCGCAGGCAAUGUGAUUGUGCAUCGACGUGAAGGGGGGGGCAUGGCUGUCUGGUACGGCCGUGUGGAGCCAUGCCAUGCUGAAGCCAUUGUUGAAAGGACAAUCAUCAAUGGCGAAGUUAUCAAGGAGCUCCAUCGUGGAAGCAUGAUUGGAAGCUUCAAUUCAUCUUGUAAAAAAAUGGCUUGGUGAAGUAAAAG